AUGAGUCUGGGUAAGGGAAAGCUAUCAGAGAUUAUCACAUUAUCCAAGAUGGAAUACAGAGACAAAGAGCAGCUACGAGAAAAAUUAAGAGAGAGAGAUCGUCAGACCAGCACUAAAGCAGUUUACUCACAUGAAAAUAGCAUUCACCUUGUUAUUGCCGGUCCACUGGCUGGUUGUGGUCCUCUUGGUUCAGACUUUGGCUCUGUGUGUGUGUGCCGGCGCUGCCGGUUCUGGAUAGCCUAUCUGCGCUUGCUUCAGGGCGCCGGAUGUCCCCUUGGCUACGAUGUGAGUCGGUGGUCCGAUGUCUGGAGCGGACCCGACUGCCGUCCGCGCCACUGA